ACGCAGAAAACCUGCGUUUAGCAGUUGAAUUUAUCAGCAUUUCAAAUGCAAAAUGCUUCAUUUGCGGUUGAAAUCUUUUUUUUAACUCUUCCAGUUCCUGAUGCUGUCCAGAGCCUUUUUUCAUCAUGAAAAAUGCAUGCAAAGUGUUUUCAAGGUACUCAGAUGGACACUGAACACAGGAUGUUCCUAUCAAGCUUUUCACACAUUGUAAUGACCAAUUCACACCUCAGACCUCUCCCACCCUUGGAAACAAAAGAUAUGUUAAUGACCAUUCACACCUCAAAUUCCUCAUGA